AUGUCGGAGGCUAUUAGGCAGUACUUGAUGGAUAGGGUGGUGAUUAAGUCAGAAAUGUUUAGUAAGUGUACUGAUACCUUGGCUCCAAGGAUUAGGAAACGAAUUGAGAGGAAAAAGGAGGAGGCUAGGUUAUGUGUAGCUAAGCAAACCCUCAAUGCAAGAGUUCACAACGCAAGGACUUGUCCUCUAAAUAGAGGCAAUGGUAUACAAGACGCGAGACUCAAUGUGGCUGAUAGAAGAACAAUUGAAAGGGAAAUGCGUAUUGCAACAUCUGGAGUUGGCGUUUAUGUGAAUGAGAGGACAUGGGACCAGUAUGUUAGGAUAUGUUUCCAAAAUCUUAAUGGAGCUCGUGGCAGGUUAGUUCAUGGACCUCAGCCAAUUGAAGUGGACCUGCAUGGAAGUCAGCCACCACCUAGUCAGCCUUAG